AUGGCGCCUGCCGGCCAAACGGAGGCUUCUUCAGGCCUCCCGCAAGUUCACAUCGGCUUUGUGCGGCGAAGGCCGAUGCAUCCCGAACGCUUCUUUGCCUUGGUGCGACGGCGCUUUGGGCCAUUGGACUCCGAUCUUUCAUGCAGCUAUGGCUCGGGGCCAAAGCCGCAAGGCACUGGCACAGGAGAAGUUCACGUCCUUUCUGGCAGUGGUUGCUUGUGGUUUAUUGGCAGCGACGACAUGUGCGCUGAGUGGUUCUUCAGCUCGUCAGCUAGUCGGCACCUACUUCGCUGUGGGGGGCCUUGGCCAGCGGAGCAAGCAGGGGCCACGGAAACGGCCGCGGCCGGAUCCCGGCGAGUGGACUUGUCGCUGGAGGUGAGUGGCGCCCCAGCCGAUGUUGAUGCUUGGAAGGCGUCCUUGUUUUCUGAGCUCAAUGACUGCUUGAUUACCAGAGCAGAGGCCGUUGCCCUCGAAGAGGGCGACACGCGCAUGCUCAGCCCCCAGUGCGAGUGGGAGGAGAUGCGAGCAGUGCAGGAGAAUUUGUCCCCUUGGGUGGUGCACUGGUGGCCGCUUCUGCGCGUGCUGCAUGGCAUCACCACCAUGGUGACAGCAAUUCCGGGCUUCGGCCUACUCCAAACGGUUGGGAGAUCCCUGGCCACUCGAGUGCGCACAGGUGCAUGGGCGCGAAUAUUUUGCGAUUCGUCAGUGAAUGCUGGCAUCCACGCAGAAGUGCGAGGAUGUGAAGCUUUGUGCCGGGACGUGACGGGUGCGACCCACUCAGGAGAGACUCUCAGACGAAUUCGAAGCUUACUGCUAGAUGUGGCACACUGGGCAUUUGUCGUGAUGUCCUUCGGUGGUGCCAUCGUACUGCGGGCCCCAGAGUCUCUGGCUUUCACUGCAGCGAUUGCGGCCGCGGCGCUUGCAUUUCGGCUUUCCAUGAGGAACCGAUGCAUCAUCACAUCAGUGGCACGAGGGAGCUCAUUGCCCAGAAUAUCUGGGAAGACCGUCACAAACUUCUUCCUGACCCUUUUGGUUGUGACUGUCAUCCGGCUCCUGCUGCAGCUGAUCUUUGGUCGCGGCUUCCCUUGGGAUCAGGCCAUCGCGGCAAUCUCAGGACACCACCCAUCGGCCAUGGUGGCCCAAGCAGUUCCACACCAGGAACAUACUGAGUUGCACAUUCAUGUUUGA